AGUCGACUUUAAUGAAGUGCAUUCGCCGGGAUAUAUGUUAUGUUUUUCCUCGGUGUCAGAGAGCGAGACAAAUUAGUCUCAUUUAAACACCGUGAGUGAUUGACUCUCACAAGACCGAACCAGGACUUUCUACAUAUAAACAUGAAUAUAUUUUGUACCUCGUUUAACCUGUGUUAGGAGGCAGGUGGAGCAGGAAGACUUUUCAACUCGGUAACUUUUACACGCUGUGAACUUUUCCUGUUGACCCAAAACCCGAAAAAAAAGGUAUGAUUUCUAACCGGACUUUCACGCUGGGACGGGUGCUCGAGAAGGAGGUGUUGGCUGUGAAGGAGCUGACCAAGCCGGGAGUGCAACUGGUGUUGGCCCUGGCACUGUCCGUGCUGCUCGGACUGCAGGUUUGGAAGUGGCUGCAGCACCAGCUCCGGGAAUGGGACCGCCCGAGCCUUCCUGGCCCUUUCCCCUGGCCCGUGAUCGGCAACGCGGCUCAGCUCGGCGACCUACCCCACAUCGCAUUCUGCAGGAUGGCCCGGAGGUACGGUAACAUCUUCCGCCUGAAGCUGGGCAGCUGCACGGUGGUGAUGCUGAACGGCGAGGAGGUCAUCCGCCAGGCUUUGAUCCGGCAAGGCGCCGACUUCGCGGGGCGUCCCGAUUUUACCUCCUUCGAUGUGGUGAGUGGCGGCCGGAGUUUAGCUUUCAAAAGCAAAGGCCAGAUAUGGAAGUUGCAGCGCAAGGUCGCACACUCCACCGUCAGGGCUUUCUCUACCUUCAACGUAAACGCCAAGAAGAUUUUCGAGGAACACGUGGUGUGCGAGAUGCACCAGCUGAUCCGCCUUUUCCUGAACAAGAGCCGAGAGGGAGCUUUCUUUAACCCGUGGAACAACUUGAUCGUGACCGUGGCCAAUAUCAUGAGCGCCGUUUGCUUCGGCAAGAGGUACAGUCACAGCGACGCUGAGUUCCUGGCGUUGCUGUCCAACAACGACCGCUUCGGGAGAACGGUAGGAGCGGGCAGCCUGGUAGAUGUCAUGCCCUGGCUCCAGUACUUCCCCAAUCCCAUCCGCACCAUCUUCAACGACUUCAAGCAGAUCAACCGGGAGUUCUACGACUUCAUCCAGGAGAAGGCGAAACAGCACCGCCUCACCUUCCGCCCGCAACGGAUCCGCGACAUGCUGGACGCCUUAAUACGGUCGAUCGAAUACCAGCAGGGCGCUGGGCUCAGUCCCCACUACGUAGAGGCCAGUCUGACCGACAUCUUCGGGGCCAGUCAGGACACCCUGUCCACAGCUCUGCACUGGCUGAUCCUGCACAUGAUCUGGAAGCCCGAGCUGCAGAGGAAGAUCCAGGAGGAGGUGGACCGCGUGGUGGGGAGGCAGCGUCUCCCCACCUUCCAGGACGAACCACAUCUGCCCUACCUGGUGGCUUUUCUUUACGAGUCCAUGCGCUUCAGCAGCUUCGUGGCGCUCACCAUCCCUCACUCCACCACCAAGGACACGCUGCUCCACGGAUACCACAUCCCCAAGGACACGGUAGUUUUCGUCAACCAGUGGUCCGCCAACCAUGACCCCGAGAAGUGGCCGAAGCCUGAGCUCUUCGACCCCAACAGGUUCCUGAACGAGGACGGGAGCGUGAACAAGGACCUGACAAACCGGGUGAUGAUCUUCUCCCUGGGGAAGAGAAGGUGCAUCGGCGAGGAGCUGUCGAAGAUGAACCUCUUCCUCUGCAUUGCCCUGCUGACCCAUCAGUGCACCUUCAGGGCCAACCCCAACGAGAAGCUGACGCUGGACUUCACAUACGGCUUAACCUUGAAGUCCAAGCCCUACACCAUCAACGUGACCCUGCGGGACUCCAUGGAGCAUUUACAGGCGGCCGCGCAGAGAAUGGAGCAAGCGGAGGACAAGCAAUGAGCAGCAAGCCACCAUCAACCCUUUACUUUGAAAACAUAAACGCGAUUCUAAAGAAAGAGAUCUGGUCCGCGGCACUUGACAACUCUUCUGGUCGCUGGUUGCGGGUGCUGGAGCGAAUCCAACCCGUGGCGGAGAUUAGGCUGAAAUUCAGUUAUUUGUACGACGGAACUGACAGAAGCGCUCUGAGUGCAGGUUUAAAAAUUGAAAUUAUGUAGAAAUUAGUUUUGAUAAGUGUAUAUGUCACUCAAUCCGACUGACAAUAAACUCUUCCCCAGCCUAACCGGGUUUCAGCGAUAUUGGCUUGCCUUCUCCGGAGGCAUUAAUUUGUAAAAAAAAAGGCUCUGAACGUUCAGACGGCAGUAUUUGAGACUCGGCCGGAUGAUGACAGACGGGCACUGGACUCGGCAAAUGAUUGUGCAGGGGAAACGUA